UGUCCAUUUAGUUGAAUCUUGUCCUAGACGCCAUUUUCAAGCGUUGGCGCGCCCAAAAACCACCAAUUCCCUUACAAUCUCCUCUAUUUUCAACUCCCGCUAAUUAAUCCUCGCAUUCCAGAACGGUACUUCUUUUACCUUUUUUCUCUACAAUCUCCCCUACAUUCCAAUCUGCAAAGUUUACCCAAAAGAAUGUCUGAAAACCCUAAAAAUCUUUACCAUAUCGGAGGAAUUCCAGUCGAAUUCCCUUACAAACCGUAUGGUUCUCAACUUGCAUUUAUGGGUCGCGUAAUUUCCACACUUGAUCGAGCUCAAAAAGACGGCCAUUGCCAUGCUUUACUCGAAUCCCCAACUGGAACUGGAAAAUCUUUAUCGCUACUUUGUUCUGCUUUAGCAUGGCAACGUCAUCGCGGUACCAACAACCCUAAUUUGCAACAACAGAUGCAGUGCAAACCCGAUUCUAGGGCUGAUUCUGAUCCUCUUAAUCACGGCGGUGGUUUUGUGGUUGAUUCCCAGCUUUCUGAGACAUCAACAAUGGAGGCAUCUCCAUCUGCAACAACCAGUAAAAAUAAAAAGGAGAAAGUGACCACUAUUUUUUAUGCCUCGAGAACUCAUUCACAAAUCUCUCAAGUUAUUCGUGAAUACCAGAAGACUGCUUAUAGGGUCCCAAUGGCUGUUUUGGCCUCGAGAAAGCAUUAUUGCACAAAUGCAAGGGUUCAUGGGGGAGACAAGCUAGAUGAGGAAUGCAAGUUGCUUCUUGAAGACAAGGAAACUGGGUGUCCACAGUUCAAAAAUCAUCACAAAGUUACGAGUCAUCCAUCGCUACAAAAAGGUGGCUGUCACGAGGCUCAUGACAUUGAAGAUCUUGUCAAAGUUGGAAAGAGAGUAAAAGGUUGCUCCUAUUUUGCAGCGCGUGCAUUGGCUGAUAAUGCACAUAUUGUUUUUUGCCCAUAUAGUUAUAUAGUUAAUCCAAUUGUUAGACGAGCCAUGGAAGUUGAUAUCAAGGGGGCUGUCCUCAUUCUUGAUGAAGCCCACAAUAUCGAAGACUUGUCUCGGGACGCUGGUAGUGUGGAUAUUGAUGAAGAGUCUAUGCAACAAUUGCAGAUGGAGUUAGGUCAACUCUGUGCAGGGGACUCAUUGACAUACCAACCUUUGUAUGAAAUGGUCCAAGAUGUCUUAAGCUGGAUGGAGCGUCGAAAAGAUAGCUUAGAAAAGCGUGGAUUUCAGCAUUAUUGUUCAUGCUGGACAGGGGACAAGGCUCUAAAGGAGCUCCAGGAAGCAAACAUAUCACAACAAUGCUUUCCAAUCUUGCAAGAGUGUGCUGUCAAGGCAAUUAAAGUUGCUGCAGAUAGUGAGUCCGGGUUAGCUCAUUUAAGUGGAAUGUCAGCAACAACAUUGGAGGGUCUUUUCUGUUCAUUGAAUUAUUUCUUUCAGGGUGAUGGGAUUCACAUACAUGAUUACCAACUUGUUAUUCAGUGGCUCUUCGUAAAAGACACCGGUAGCUGGAGACUUACUUUCAGUAUGUGGUGCUUGAACCCAGCUGUUGUAUUCAGAGAUAUUGCUAAUCUAUCAUUAUCAGUGAUUUUAACAUCUGGGACUCUAUCUCCGAUGAGUUCAUUUUCUUCUGAACUAGGGAUCCAAUUUGGUACCCUUCUAGAGGCUCCACAUGUAAUUGAUAUUGAAUCUCAGGUUUGGGCUUCUGUAAUUUCCAUGGGUCCUCGUAAUUAUCCUCUAAAUGCUAGCUACAAGACUGCUGAUGUAUACGCUUUCCAGGAUGCUGUUGGCAAAGCCCUAGAGGAGUUGUUUAAGGUUGUUCCUGGUGGCUCCCUUGUGUUCUUUCCAAGUUAUAAGCUAAUGGAUAAGCUUUGUAAAAGGUGGAUUGAAACAGGCCAAUGGUCUCACAUGAAUGCAAGAAAAACUGUCUUUGUUGAGCCUAGAGGAAGCCAAGAGGAUUUGGAUACUGUUCUGAAGGAUUAUUACAAUGCUAUUCAUCCACCCACAAGGCAUACCCUAGGAAAAAAAAGAAAGCUUAAGAAAGUAAACACCAAUGGUUGUACCACAUAUAACUCAGUUGGUGACUGUAAGGAAGGGGCUGCACUUCUUGCAGUUUGCCGAGGAAAGGUUUCUGAAGGAAUUGAUUUUUCAGAUGAAAAUGCUCGUGCUGUUAUAAUUGUUGGCAUACCUUUCCCAAAUGUAUAUGACAUCCGAAUUGCUGAAAAGAAGAAAUAUAAUGACACACAUAAAUGUUCUAAAACUCUGCUGAGUGGCAGUGACUGGUACUGCCACCAAGCCUUCCGUGCACUAAACCAGGCUGCAGGUAGAUGCAUUCGUCAUAAACAUGAUUACGGGGCCAUAAUCUUCUUAGAUGAACGGUUUCGUGAGGAAAGAAAUACAAUCUACAUUUCAAAGUGGCUUAGGAAAUCAAUUAGAACAUUUGAGAACUUCGAGACAUCGGUUGAGGGUUUGAGAUCAUUCUUCUCUAGCAUUAAGGAGAGGGUUGGCAAUGCCUGUAAACCACAAGAUUCUAUUACCAAUUCAGAAAUUAUUCCACCUGAUAAUUCUGUAAAAAGAUCAAUAAAAGUUAAAAGUCGGGAAUUGAUCAAACCAAAAGUCGGAGAAGAGAGAUUGAGUUCUGGCAGCAUGAUCAUGCCGUCUCCCGGACUCUCUCAUUGUCUAUCACACAGAACUGGUGGUAGCUCUUAUUAUAAGACAGUAAGAUCUCUAAGCUACAAGGGGAUUCAGGAAUCUUCACCACUUGAAGAGAAUACUGACACCCAGAAAGAGAAUGAUGCAAAAUGUGAUGGUGGGGAGGAUAUGAGUUGCUGUGGAACUCCUUGUGUGCCUUCUUGUGAAGAAAGGCUAGAGCUUUCUGUCGUCAAGGAGGCUCUUUCACUUGAAAACUAUUGUGUACCAUGUCCUGUGGCAUCCAUGAAUGAGGAAAUUUCUCACUCUACCUUAGUUCAGACAUCUGUUGUGUUUGAUCAAGCAACUCACAUGUCCUUAACAGGUUCAGCUGAAUCUCCUUCGAAAGUGACAUGUAUUGAUAUGACUCCAGAAAGGAAUGGCAGAGAAGAAACAAAUGGAUUAAUCAAGGAAAUAGAGUCAUCAGCAAAUUUGAGUGUUAAUUCUCAUGCACAGAAAAGAAGGAUAAUGUAUAAUUCCCAACAGAUGAAAUCCAUCCCAAAGAUGAAAUUUGAUAUGGUGACAGCAGAUAAAUUUCAAAAUAAUAGAACGAUGGAUUACUCAGUGUUAAAUGAGAGUUCCCAUCAAACACCAAAAGUUGAAUCAAAUGUGAACUUCUCAGCAUGUGAACUUAAGCCAAGCAUUCAACCUCGUGAUAUAUAUUUGAAUUGUGGCAAUUUCUGUUUGGAUCAACGAUUGCACAUAUUUUGCUCACUCUGCAGAAACUCAUUAGGUCUUCCUGGAAGAAGCUCAUAUAUUUCAUGUGUAUUGACUUCAUUAUCAAAAUACAUCUUGUCUAGUCUUUCUAAUGAAAAUAAGAAACAAAGUCUGCAGAGUUCACCAUCCCUUGUCCCAGUUCUGAUAGUUGAUAGUUUGUCAGUGGAUCAGCGACUUUAUCAGAGGAAUUGCACAAAUAUUCCAGGGCAAGGUAUCUGGUGCCAAGAAGAUGGAUGUGUAUACAAUUCCAUUUUUUGCCCUUUUUGUAUUUCUCCUAAUCAUUGUUUAGGAGUGCAGAUCAUGGCUGCUGAUGCAUCAAACAUUCAGUUGAUUGGUAAGAUACUCUUUUACUAUGAUCGUUUGGAAGUUAAAGACUUGUCUACCACAAGAGAGAGGAUUCUUUGAUUGAUAAAAGUUCAGGCCAUGAUGAAAUGGUUGAUAUAGAUUCUAUUACAAAAUAUACAUAUCAAUCACAGCAACACAGUCCAGGUGGCUAGAUAACAACAAAAGCAAAGGUGAAGCAUCCAUUACAAAUGCCCAGUUCCCUUUCUAACCCUGUUUAUAAUCAACUCCCAUUUGACGCCAAGGUUACUAAAGAGGAGCCCGAUGGCACAGUUCUAGAAUAGAUAUCUGACUACUGCUGGUGUAAAUACUGAACCAGAAACUGCAAACGCAAAUAGCCAGUCUUGUAUUGAUUUUUAUUGUAAAUUGAAAGAGGCAGUUUCACAAGUUUAAGUGCGAGAAGCUUGGAGUCACGGUGUUUAUGUCCUACUUGAGGGAGAAAGCCAAGCCAAGUCACGGUAAUGGGUGCGCAAUGUGCAUCCAUGAUGUAAAUUCAAAUCGUGAUCGUAUUCUGCUGGCUGACAAUGACACUUUCUUGAGCUUAUUUGAUGGAGUUUGGAUAGCAAUGGUUUGGAAUGUAGGGAUGUUUGAAUUGAGAAGUAAAAGCUUAUAUUUAACCUCCAAAAUCUCUGAACAUUCGAAGGGUGUGGUUUGUACAAAGGAAAUCGACCCCAUAAUUUCCCUUUUCCCCAUCCAUUAUUGAAAUGAUGAAAAUAGUAAAUCCUCUCAUUUGAGUGCCGAGUAGAGUGUAGGAACGCAAGUUUUAGUUUAAACAUGUAAUGACCUCGACUUGUGCUUUUGUAUUAUAAUGAUGUCAAUUAUUAGCUCAAA